CUAGCAUGGGAACCUUUCGAGAGGCCCUGAUUGAUAUCAAUUUCGCUGGUAUAACUAUUCCAAGAGGAUGGAAGAUGCACUGGAGUCCAUUUACAACCAACAAAAAUCACAAGUACUUUCCUGAUCCAGAGGCUUUUGAUCCCACAAGAUAUGAGGGUGAUGGACCGACAUCCUGCACAUUUCUACCAUUUUCUGCAGGACCUCGUAUGUGCCCGGGCAAGGACUAUUCCAUGUUCCUGAUACUCGUAUACGUAUAUAACGUGGUGACGAGAUUUAAGUUACAAAAACUGAUUCAAGAUGAGAAGAUGCGAUACCGUGUUGGUCCUGUUCCUGCCAAUGGCCUCCCAAUGCGCCUGCAAACACAUUGAGAUAAUAUGCAGUUUCCCUUUAAGUUCAAGAAUCGUUAUCUUGUAAUUUUGAAUGUAUCUUAUCUUUCAACAGUUAUGGAGAAA